AUGGAGGAGGAUAGGUCUUCGAGAAUCAUUGAGAACUUAUCUAAUAAGGACUUAAAUGUCAACAUGGGUGAGAAUCCUUCAACUUCUGCUCCAGAUUCUUCAAGUGUUCUACCAACACCUUCAUCAAUACAACCAAAUUCGAUAAUUCCGCCUACAAAAUUUCCUUUUAAUUCUCCUACUUUUGAAGGUAUCAUGACACAACCAAUUGAUGCUCUAUUAUCUUCUCAAUCUACUGAUCAGGAUAUGACAAAUAAUGAGGAAGAUGAAACGAUUAAGUUUUAUGAAUUAGAAUUUGAUCCUAAAGAAGAAGAUGUUGAAGAUCACACAAUCAUGUCCGGGAAGCAAUACAUAUUUCUUUACUCCAAUUUGAUCAUAAUUAUUCAGUUUAUGAAUGACUCUUCUGGUUUUACAGCUUCUUCUAUAAGUAAAUAA